AAGUUGUAAACAUGGAGGACUCCUGCGAUUAAAAGUCCUGAGCUCGAUUUGUUUUGAGCAAACGGGACGAUUCCUGAAUGCGGGGCUCCUCCAAAAACAGCCUAUUUUGCUUUUGGAUCGUUUAUCCGUCUUCUGGGGUUGCAUUUGUCUCCCUCUGAACUCUGCAUUCAAUUUUGAGGUCGAGCUGCCUGGAAACCCGCCGGUGGUACAUGUUAGUGCCGGAGCGGCGCCGGCGUCGCCGUACUUAAGGCUGGCUCGGAGCCCGUCGGCCGUCAGUGGAGGAUCGCGAUUCGUGUUGUUGUGAGAGCGGCCGUGUUGGAUCUGCAUGCGAAGAAGCGGCGGCCACUGAGUUCUGACAGACACUAGCUGCGAUGUGGGCCACCCUGGUGACGGCCGGCCUGCUCGGCCUGGCCGCCCUGGCGAGCGGCGACCUGCCGCCGGAGCACGACCGACCCCUGUACGAUGAUCUCAAAAACGUGAUGCCCUACGAGCCCGUCAUCUACUCGCCACCCAACGUCAGUGUCGCUUACAAGUCCACCACCAAAUUCAACCCCAAGGGGAUGGGACACCUCUACAUGGUCACGUCCAUGUUCAUGCAGUACAUCCAGAAAGGCGACCCUUUGCCGAAAGGCUUCCUGACUGUGAAGCAGGGUCAACUGGACGUGGUCGGAAUCAAGGAGAAGCUGAAGACGGACUGGCCGAAGGUGCUGCACCACUAUGCAGGUCCGCUGCUCUUGGCCAUGGUGACCCUGCUGUUCGGAAUUGUGAUGCCCUGCGCCGGCUUCCUCUUCUGCUGCUGCCGCUGCUCAGGAAAGUGCGGCGCCCGUUCGCACGCCUAUGACAAAAAGCACGACCCUUGCAAACGCGCCUUCCUCGGCAUCAUCCUGGCAACCUUUGCCACAGUCAUUCUGUUUGGAGUUGUUUGCGCGUUUGUGACGAAUGAAUACAUGCACGACGGCGCGCAUGAACUGCCGGACAAUGUGCGCACUGGGCUUGGCGACACUGAGCUCUACCUUUCCAACACCAAGGAGGAAGUGAACACUCUACUAGUCACUAACUACAGAGAAUUGCAGACUGUCCUGAAUGACAUACUCGAAGGUAGUGGCCAAAUUGUCAAGGACAAAUUAGCAGACGUCUCAAAGGCAGUCGCCCUCAAUAAUCUGACGGCGAUUGCCACUGGACUGACCAAAAUCAAAGGCGAUCUCUCAGACAUAAGCACCAUCACCCGAGAACUGCAGCAAAAAAGCCAACAGCUCAACGCCGGUCUGGUCGAAAUCAAACAGAAGCUGACGCAGCGUCUCCGGGAGUGCCAACAGCCGUGCCGUGAGGCCCUUGCCAAGUACAACAUUCACGGGCUCUCGGCAAACGCUGACUUUAGCAGAUUGUUGGACAAAUAUGUGCCAAAGCUUCCCAACUUGUCUGGAAACUACCAAAAUAUUUCCCUGUUGAUUGAUUCAAACAUCGGAAGGGAGGUUAUGAAAGGGAAGAGAGCUUUUGAUGAGAUUCAGUUCAGGAUCCAGCACGAAGUGAACACUACUAUUCCUCGAAUCAAACAAGCAAUUCAAAAUGCUGGCAAAGCUUGUGAGGACACUGCUCACAAAAUCACCAACGUCCUGGACAAGGUCAACCAAAAGAUUCCUCAACACGUCAAUGGACGAAUCAGUCAAGGAGAGCGGUACAUCAAUGAAUAUGCCAUUUACAGGUAUUACGUGGACACCACCGUUAGCUCGCUGCUGCUUCUUAUUCUCGUCUGCCUCACCUUUGGUCUCUUCUACGGAUUUUGCGGCAAGAAAGUGGAUCUCAUGUACGGCACUGAUGACUACUGCUGCAACAAGGGAACUGGUGGACGAUAUCUCAUGGCUGGUGUCUACUUGAUGUUCUUGUUUGCGAUUGGAUUGGCUGCUGUGGCAGUGAUGCACCUGCUGGUUGGAAUUGUUGCUGAGAAAACCGUCUGUGAGUCAUUGAAGGAGCCGUCGUCUGACAAUCAGGUCAUGACCCUGGUCGAUCAGCUGGUCAACAUGGACCACGUCUAUCCCAAAGGCAGCACUGCUGGCAUCAAUGUCACUCACAUGAUCAGUUCUUGCCACCGAAAUGAGAGCAUGUACCAAGUGCUGAACCUGGAGGCCGUUGUCAAUGUGUCCCAAGUGUCUCAAUUCCAAGUGCAGUACGGCAUAGUGGACGAAAUGGCAGAGCUGCAGAAACAGAUCAAGCUGAGCAACGAUGUGACCAUCCUGACUGCGGACGCCAAAGUGCGGUUGUUGGACUUGGCUUCUUCGUCUCUGUCUGACAUCGACUUCACUGCGUACAACGACCUCGUUGAAAAUCAGAUCACGUCGAUUGACCUCAAGAAGUUGGCCCAUGUCAUCAACGAGACCACCAAGAAACUGAAACCGGACAGGGACGCCGUCUACUUCUCGUUGAUCAACGACGUCAUGUACAUCGAGUCCUUCCAGACCAACGUUGUGGACAAGAUGGUCGAUUUGUCCAAGAAGCUGCGAGUUAGCACCAACAACUUGCAGGAAGAUCUCAAGUUCAACCACACCAGUCUCAGACAGGCCAUCCACCAGCUGCUCAGAGAGGUUGAUGACGCCCAGGAUUAUCUGCAGAAACAAGGCCCCGAAGAAGUUGUCAAGUUGGCCCAAAUCUUCGUGGAUGAGUUCACUCAACACAUCAACAACUAUCUGCAGAGAGUGGUGAGAACAACCAAGUACUCGAUCGGAAAGUGCUGGCCAAUCAGCCAAGCCUACAACGCAACUGUGAUAUCAAUGUGCAGCAAAGUUGUGAAUCCAUUUAAUGGUUUCUGGUUGAGCAUUGGCUGGAGCUUGGCGCUCUUCCUGCCCUGCAUCCUCGUCUGCGUGGCCCUGGCUAGUUUGUACAGCAAGAGCAACACAUACCUGGGGCCUCUGGACACUGACAUGUAUGAUGCAUACGGUGAUCGAGAUAACAUUCCACUGAACGUUCAUGACAAGAAAUAUGGAGGAGGGGGUCACCAUCGCAGCAAUGGGGGCCAUCAGGCCUUCCAAGAAACAUAUGAGAACCAGAAUGGAUACGAUGGCGAUUACAGUGGCGGUGCUUCCGGAGGCGGCCAUGGUGUCGGUGCUCGAGGACGCAGACCUAUGACGGGCGAGGGCUCCAGAUACAGGGACGCUGCUGCCACCCCUAAGCACUGGGACUUCCCCGCUGGCGGCCCUCCGCAUUACCGCAGCCCACCUCCCGGGACUGAGUACGAACGGCCUCCUCCCUACUAUUAUCCUGGUCCUGGGGAUCAGAAAUGACAGGCUCCUCCUGCCGAAGCAGCGCAAGUAGCAGCGACGGAAGCUCCGGGGGCACCGGCACUACCACCACCGCUGGAACACCAGCCGUGCACACAUACCAGAAACUGGAGGCCCUCGAGAGCAGACUAUAUCAUGGAGGAGCAGCUCUUGUGCCGGCAUCCACGUGGCGCCGUCAGCCACGUCUAAACCCCUCCCGCCCCAGGACGAGCUAAGCUCAAAUCAUUGUUCAUCUGCCUGCCCCCGACUCCGAACUCUUUGAAUUCUCAACUCAUUCCCGAAGAAUCUUUUUCCCUCCCGACCUGUGCCCGGAAAAGACACUCGAUCGUUUGCCGUAGUCUUUUUAGAAGAAACCUCUCUCGAUGUGCCACAUUUUUUUUAAUCCUUGCGCACCACGCAUGUACAUAUAAAUAUUAUGGAAAAGAAGAAGGAAAGAACAGUGUAGAAAAUUACAUCGUAAUAUUUUAUUAUUCAGUCUUUCAUGUCCGUUGUUGGAAAAGAUUUCAAACUCACUGCUAGGGCAUAGAAUCUCAUUCUUCAACCAAUAUCGAAAAAUAAGAUUUUUGUAAAUAAUUAUAUAAAUAAUAAUAAAGAACUGGCAGAUCUGCUGUCAACUUGAUAUGCAUAUUGUUGUGAGAUGUAGCGAUCAAUUUACUGGAGCUGAAAAACGUGGAAAGUCUCACAAUCAGACAAGACCAUAAUAGACUUAUAGAUGUAAAUUUCUUCUCACUCUUGUAGACUUUUCAUAUGUUGACUAAGUAGCAUUAGCGAAACCCAAUUAUUAUUAUUACGAGUAAUAAUUAUCCAAAAGACAUUUUACGACUCUAUAAUGGUCUCGUGCGUGUGUUGCGAGUGUGCCUUUGGAAUAUUGUGAGCUGCCGAGUGAAAAAAAUAAUUGAUCGGAAGAGUGCUAUGAAUUCAAUAUAAAGUUUGGCUUAUUUCAAGUCCACAACUUUGCAAACAUUCUGUGUGUAAAUAGAUGAAUUUUAUCUUUUAUCAAGUGAUACUUGUAACAACUUUUUCAAUUUGAUGAAUGCACGUUUUAGAAUUUUCUGCUGCAUUUAUAUAUGGAACUUGAGGAAAUUAUCUCUCUAAAUUUUAACUCAAAAAGAUAAAGAAGUGCAAUGCGAUAAAAGAAAGGAAACAUUUGUGAAGGCUAGUUAAUUAAUUAUGUGCAAAGAUGCAUAAUUGUGUGAGCGAACAAUUUUAAAUUAUAAGAUUUGAUGUACAUAUGAGAUUGAAAGUGUUGACUUCCACUCAUCAUAGAAUACGAUUGUUUUUUUGUCAAACACAUCUUCAUAUGUAUCUGUAUGAUAAUAAUAAAUGUAUGCAUGUGCAAGAUAA